AACAAGCUUCAAAAUAAAUAAUACAAAUACAAACAUUUAUAUUUGAUUGACUUUUUACAGUUUUCAAGAUGUGGCCUAUUAUUUAUACAACACUUAGAACAUAUGCACCUUAUGUAACUCUUCCUGUUGCUGCUCUUGUAGGAGUCAUAGGUUACAAUCUAGAAAGUUGGAUCUCAAAUAGGUAUACUCCAUAUAACAAAUCUAUUAAAGAACAACGCGAGGAUAGGCUAUUGGUUGAAGCAAAACUUAAAGAAUGUAAUAAAGUAGAGAAGUUAAAAUAUAAAACUAAUAUUUUAGACACAAAUUUAUCUCCUUCCUUAACUUGAACAUUAAAAUUCUCACAUGAUGUUAGCACUGGUAUACACUUAAAUGUUAAGCAACUUUAUUAAAAUGAAAUAUAUAUUGUUUUAAUUAUUUAUAUUAAUAAAAAGUUUUGUGUUACUAAA